GCACGUGGGGAUGCUCGAGUACAUGAAGGGACAGGGGGGGGACUUUGCCGACGCGGCAGCUGCGUUUGCGGUUGCGACGGGUCUGGAGGACGCCACGGGCAACGAGAGUUUCCGUGGUUUGCUGGAGAAGAAAUGGACGUCUGUCGUUCGCCUCCAGAGAAAGGCGAGGGGUCGCGGGGCUUAGCUAUAAUUGGCCUUGUACGGCUGAUUUGCCCGUGUCGUUGCCCGUUGUAGCUCAAGUGUGCUGCUGUGUCCUGGAGACCAUCUCGCCUUCUGUGGGUUUUGUGACACAUGGUAUGCAUGUGCUGUUUGUGUUUUCUUUGCGAUAACCCUAGCACAGGUGAAAGCGUGCCUGCUGUUGUUCAUUGCCAGCACAACGAAGCGAGACGCGUGUUCAUACCGGCAAACAGAGUCCGACGGAGUACAACAGCAGGGGAAGUGGGUUGGAAGAAUUGCUCGUUGUUUCUGGCGCCACCACAAAACGCGAUCUAAAAUGAAACAGAGAGAGAAGUUGCGUUCAAGAGCGAGUGAACCGUGGCUUGCCAGUUAAGUUCUUGGAGAGGAGUGCGGACGUCUGCAGCCCCGCGUGGAUAUAGGUCGACGUGUCAUGGCGGAGAACCGCGGGAAGAACCUGCUACAAACGAAGCGGCACCCUAUAGCCAAUGGAUCGCGGUCGUGGUUGGUGUUGACAUCUUGCGCAGCAGUAGCGUGCCCUCUUGUUUUUUGGUUGUUGUUGUUGCUGUUGUUGUCCUUUUAAUAGUUGUCCUAGUUGCCCUUGAUCUUCUUCCUGAGUGCUGAACUUUCUCCACCGACUUCGGCGCUGGGU